CUUAGUAAACAUACAUACAUUUUGCACAACAUUGAUAAAGAGGAUUAAACAUUGAUCAAAACUAGAUUCAAAUCUGAAGGGAUUGUAUUAAUCGUGAAAAAUGAAUCAAAGUACGAAGUGGUUAUAUUUUUGGGUGGUGUUUGUCCUAGCAACAUUCCAGUUUGGUUUAGUGUUUUCAUUCGGGGCUUUGUUUCCUUCAAUUCGCGAUACUUUUCUGACGGACCGGCCAACAACAGCCACUGUUCAAGCCCUAUUGAUGGGCAUAACAACAAGUUUUGGUGUUGUAAGCGGAGUAAUAAUCAACAAGUUCGGAUUGCCUGUCGCUCUUUUGGUGUCAAGUAUUUGCAUGUCUUCAGGCUUUGCAGUGUCAUUUAUCGUUACAGACAUUUGGUAUCUUUAUGCUACAAUUGGCGUUUUGGGAGGUAUCGGGACUUCUUUAUUUUAUGUCAGUUUCUUAACGGUUAUAAACAGAACUUUCAAAGGGAAACAAAGGGCUUGGUGCAUUGCCAUACAGGGUCCAUGUCCUUCUAUUGCCGGCUUGUUUUAUCCUUAUUUACUAGAUGAAUUGGUCUCAACAUAUGGUGUACGUGGAACAUUUUUAGUUAUAGGUGGAGUGUUUUGUAAUUCAUUUGUGUUUUCGUUAAUGGUAUGGUUCCGCCGUAGUGAUUUUACUUUACAACCGGAAGACAAGUUGGCAGAACAAGAAAAACAUUAUUAUAAUACCAUGAGUAACAAUCCGAAAAAAGAACAAAUGUGCGCAAGUGUAGGAAGCCUUUUCAAAGGUGUUAUGACAAAACGGUACAUAUGCCUGCUCGUAGCAGCCACAGUUUCUGUAGGAACAGCAGACGCAUUUCUCGACUUUGUGUUUGAUAUAUCGCACUGGAAAGGAUUUGAUAAUUCUGAAGCAAAUAUGGUAUUUGUUUUUUUUAAUAUCUGUGGCAUAAUUUUUUGUAUCGUACCUGGACUGAUUCAGCAAGUGCUAGAUAUUGAUACAUACUUGCUUCCCUUUGGACUUGCUCUCUUUGCGUGUAGUGGUUGCCUUAUCGUUAUGUUUGCAGAUACGUAUGUUAUGUAUGCUAUUGGACUAUCAUGUAUGAGUGCAGUGUUCGGACUCGUGGCGUGUGCUUUCAUAAUAUGUGCAAAUCUUGUACGUCUUGAACACGUAAACGUUGCUAUAGGGUUGAUUAUGACCUUAGGAGGACUCUUGUCUAUUGGAAUGGGACCCAUAUACGGCGUAAUAAGAGAUAAUACAGGUUCUUACAAUUCUGUCUUCCCGAUCUUUGCCACCGCACAAGGAAUAGCUGCUGUUUUGCUCAUAGAGGAUUUUAUUUCACGAAAAUUGAAGAAACAGCCAAUGAAAGACGUUAAUAAUGUUGACAAUAUCUCUGAAGAAACGAAAAUAAUACAUGUUUAAAUCACACGUAAAUAUAAUUUUAUGGGCUGUGUAAAAUGAAAAUAACAUUAUAGGUUGAAGUGUCUUUAGGCUAUUCAGUUUGUAAGUACUUUGUUAAGAACUGGUAUGAAAUUGUGUGAAUUUACUAUUCAUUGUUUCGAUGCGUCCAUGCUCUCAAAGCUGGUAGUUGAAUCCUAGAUAUAGGUCAUUUUUUUACACUUACGCUCUGAGAUUUAGAGCUUUGUCUACAUCACUCUUAAUUGUGUACAGUUUUUUUUAUACAAAUCACUUAAGAUAAAUUUAUUUUUUGCCUGACUUAUAAACACUAAAAAGCUAAAGUAUACAAAAGUCUUCUAAAAUCAAAUUUUGCUGACUCGUAUUGUUUUUGUUUUAUUUGCAAAUAGUUUUAAAUUAAUGAUAAACAAUACAAAAAGAAACUCGAUUUUCUUAUUAUCUUAUGCUGUUUUAUGUGCAUGCAUAGCAAUAUGGCGGUCAUUUUUUUCAAAACUUAUUUUUUCAUACAUAACAUGGAAACUGUAUACUUCUCAACUUUUGCGAAAACCAAUAUGUUUGAAUGUAAAAAUUUUUGGAAUAAGUUUAUAAACGCCGUGCAAAAG